AUGACCCUCGUGCCUCCUGCAAAAGGCUCGCCGCCCGUCCAGAAGACUACCGAGAUUCGAAGGCCCAGGGCCAACCAGAGGCUGACCGUUAGCUUCGACGACAGCGAGAGCGAUACAUCAGGACGUGCUGCAAAACUUCAAUACGAGUUGGCUCAGUGCGUCGAGACCAAGACCGUUACCACCACGACAACCACCAAGAGAUCAUACCCCCCUCUUUUCAUCCGACAGCCCAGGCCCCUCGAGACCCUCGAUGUCAAGGAGUACCCCCUGGCCCAAGGCCCUACCCCGCCAGACCUGAGGAAGUUUACGCUUGAUCUAUCCGAGAACGAUGACGAGUUUGCUUGGUCUUUUAGCGAACCAUCCUUCACAUCGGGAGACAAUCAGUCCAAACCCCUCGAAAUCGAGGACAGUGUCAAGUCAAACUCCGAUCGUGGCACGCCUGCGCCUGAACCACAACCUCAAGUCUCCAAACCUUCUACCGAGUCGCAUACUCGCAGAUCCCGCCGACACGCCGCCACAAAUCAGCACACAUCAAACAGGUCCUCUCAGAGGUCAUCCCGCAGCCAUGCAAGCUCAUCAGUCUCUGAUAGGCUCCGAAGGGCCGUUUCCCAUGGUGCCCGGGAGAGGACGACUCGGCAAUCAUCUUCAUUGUAUCUUGCCACCCCGGAUAGGUCUGAAGUCACCGUCGCGAGCGAAGUGCCGCAGAGGUUGAGGCCCUUGCACGCCGACCCAACUGCUGGCCUUGGCCAAAGUCUGGCCGCUUACGAGGCGGCAAGUCCCGCUGGCAGUGAAUCUCAAACAGUGUUCAGCAGCAAUGUGGCUACUCCUCCCAUCACUGAUGCCGAUGUCGAGCCCUUCGCUGAGUCCCUGGACGACAUAUCACAACCCCGGCCGUCCAUCACGGUCGCAGAUCCGGAUGCCAGCUUGCCAAGUCCUAGAUUGUCUCCCACCCUGGCCGCCGCACAGUUGCAUACAUCGGAUCCUCAGGAGGAUGAGCCUGAAGAAGAUGACGAGGGCUCCAGCUUCUCGCGAAGCCUGACCAGGUCUACCCGGCGACGAUGGCCCGAGGAAAGCCAGGAACAAGAGUCUCAGUCUACACUAGGCCUGGACGUGACUGAUCUGGACAUGAUGGUCGAUGGUUCACCCACUCAACGCGACCGACAUGCUUUCGAACGCGCCGUCGGCCUCCUAGAUACCCGGUCCAUGCUCGAAUCUUUCGACUCCAUGCCCAACGACAUGAAGACUUUCAUGAUGUACCAGUUCCUUCGCAGAUGCCCGAGGAAAACGCUGCACAUGGUCGCAGAUGUUGUCAACCCUGCUCUCAAGUGCGAUUUCCUGAAGCAGCUGCCUACCGAGCUUGGUCUGCACGUGCUCUCUUUCCUCGACCACCGGGAUCUCUGCCGCGCGGCACAGGUUUCAAAGCACUGGCGAACCAUGAUCGACAGCAACGAGACUGGGUGGAAGGAGUUGUUUGACCGGGACGGGUUCCAGCUCUCGCCUGGUGAACUCAGGAAGGCCAUCACCCAGGGCUGGGGCUGGCAGGAUCCCGAGGGCGCUGAGGGCGCUGAGCUCGACCUCAGUCUGCAAAACCGCCUGACUUCGACAGAGGCUGAGUUGCGGUCGCCCAGGCCCGAAAUGCCAAAGCUGCGUAGCUCGAAGCGGAAGCGGGGUGUGCACAAUUACGCCAAUCUCGAGCGCAGCAAGCGACGAGUCAGUCUGCAGGAGUCACUCAAGGAGGAUGCACCGCUUUCCCCGCCCAAGUUCAAGGCCGAGGGCCCCAUCUCGGCGGCAAAUGAGGCGGUUUUAUCCGUCCCCGAUCCCCAGAUUGGUCUGCCUAGCCUCCGAAGACUGCACCUUUUCAAAUCACUAUACCGUCGUCACUACAUGAUCCGCCAGAGCUGGACGAGCGGGAAGGUCAAGCCUGGACAUGUUGCCUUCGCAGCACAUCCCCGCCACGUCAUCACUUGUCUGCAGUUUGACGAUGACAAGAUCAUCACCGGUAGCGACGACACUCUCAUCCACGUCUACGACACAAAAACUGGAAAGCUACGGAAGAAGCUCGAGGGCCAUGAGGGCGGUGUGUGGGCCUUGCAGUAUGAGGGAAACACGCUAGUAUCCGGCAGCACCGAUCGAUCAGUUCGUGUUUGGGACAUUGAGAAGGGCAUGUGUUCGCAGGUCUUCUACGGGCACACCUCGACCGUGCGAUGUCUGCAGAUCCUCAUGCCCACUGAUACUGGCAAGGUCGGUAUAGAUGGCGAGCCUGUGAUGAUGCCACCGAACCCGCUCAUCAUCACUGGGUCCCGAGACAGCCAGCUUCGAGUAUGGAGGCUGCCUGAGGCAGGGUCUCGUCGAUACAUACAGACAGGCCCUCCUGCCAAUGAUGCUGAGUGCCCGUAUUUCGUCAGGAUCUUGAGCGGCCACACGCACUCGGUCCGCUCCAUUGCUGCCCACGGCGACGUCCUCGUCUCUGGUAGCUACGAUGCUACCGUCCGUGUAUGGCGCAUCAGCACUGGGGAAGCCCUUCACGUCCUUCAUGGCCACACCCAGAAGGUCUACAGUGUUGUCCUUGACCACAAGCGCAACCGCUGCAUCUCAGGAUCUAUGGACUCCUUUGUCAAGAUAUGGGACCUCGAUACAGGCGCCUGCCUGCACAGCCUCGAGGGCCACACCCUGUUGGUCGGGCUACUCGACCUGCGCGACGAGCUUCUCGUCUCGGCUGCCGCCGACAGCACACUGCGCAUCUGGAACCCGGAUUCAGGCAAGUGCAAGCACACGCUGAGUGCACAUACCGGCGCCAUCACGUGUUUCCAGCAUGAUGGGCGCAAGGUGAUCUCGGGCAGCGAGAAGACGGUCAAGAUGUGGGAUGUCCAGACGGGCGACCACAUCCAGGACCUCCUCACCGACCUGGGAGGCGUGUGGCAGGUCAAGUUUGACGAGCGGCGGUGUGUUGCUGCUGUGCAGAGGGACAACCUGACCUAUGUUGAGAUUCUUGACUUCGGUGCCGUCCGCGACGGCAAGCCGCCAGAGGAGUUGGGCAAGCGCAUCUUGCUCAACGGCCCAGAGGUGCAGCGCUUGAUCGAGGAGGAGGUCUGA